AUGACCAAUCAACGUCAAAUUGUCAGAGAACGUGUUGCUGUUGCUCGUGCACGAACAUUGACAAUGAAGAGUCACGACAACAUAAACAAACCAAUAUCAACAGUUGGUCUUUCGCUACUUAAUAUAUUUGGUGGCCUGAUAUUUGGAUACAACACUGGUGUGAUUGCCGGUGUACUCCAGGUGGAUGAAUGGAAGUCGAUGAGUCAGAUUGACUUGGGCUUCCUGACAUGCAGCAUCCUGCUCGGCGCAAUGAUUGGCUCAUUGGCCGCAGGCAUCAUCACGGAGCGUCUGGGCCGCCGUCGUCCACUCUUCGUGGUGGGCAUCCUCACGCUCAUUGGCGCCAUCGGCUCAUCACUCGUGCCCACCAACCUCUGGUACGUCAGUGCCUUCCGUCUGGUGCUCGGUCUGGGCGUUGGCGCAUCGGCCAUCAUAUGUCCACUGUACGUCGGAGAGAUGGCACCACCCGAGAAGAAGGGACAGCUUGGUACACUAUUCCAGAUUGCCAUCACAGUUGGUAUACUCAUUGGCGACAUCAUUGGCUUUGGAUUCCUCCACGUUCAAUAUAACUAUCGUUGGAUGUUUGGCUUUGGUGCACUACCAGGUAUCCUACUCUUUGGACUUCUCUUCUCAAUCCCCGAGUCCACAGUAUGGAGGGAGAAGAAGUCAGCCAUGAAGAAUACUCAACUCUUACUAAAUAAGGACCCAACUAAUGAUGUUGGAAUCGGAGCAUUGUUGUCAAGAAAGGAUGGUAGAUUUGCAUUGUUCAUGGGCUGCAUCUUGGCCAUCAACAAUCAAUUGACAGGUAUCAAUGCAUUCAUGUACUUCUCACCAAAGAUCUUUGAGAAGGCUGGCAUCAGCAGCAACAAUGGUCAAAUGAUUGCCACCAUAUCACUUGUGGCAUGGAACGCCAUCACUACAUUCAUCUCAACACUAUUUGUCGACAGACUCGGAAGGAGGAAGCUGACUUUGUACAGUUCGAUCGUGAUGACUGUGAGUUGUCUACUGCUGGCAUUGAUGUUCUUGCUGUUCAAUGGCACCACGCUGGGCGUGUUGUCAAUCAUCUUGUUGUUUGUGUUCAUUGCCGGCUUCGAAUCAGGUGUCGGUCCACUCUUUUGGAUAAUGGCCAUCGAGAUCUUCCCACCCGAGUGCAAGGAUGUUGGCAGCAGUCUGCUCAACGCAUUGCAAUGGAUAUUCAACAUUGCAUUGUCAUUCAGUUUCCUCUCACUGGUCACACUCAUUGGUCAAUCUGCCAUCUUCUGGAUCUUUGGUGGCAUUGGAGUUGUAUGUCUUAUUGUCAUGUACUUCCUUCUUCCAGAGACCAAUCACAAGGAUUACCAAGAGAUCAAGAAUACCUAA